AUUGCCUCCCUCUUGACUUUUUUCGUGGCUCCGCCACUGAAUGCAGUAGACACCUUUUGUCCUCCACUCGUACUACGACACAUGGUCUUUGAUUUAGUUGUUGCAUGAAUGCCAGAUGUAGGGUCAAGCAUCGGAUGCCGAUCAGACAGGCCAACUUGGUAGGCAGAGCACUUUUGCUGACAUAAAUAAUUGUUUGCUCACUUUUCCUCAAUUAUCCAUGUCACAUCAUCCAUGCCAAGUUGCCUCGCUUUGGUAGUACUUGGUUGCUGGAAGGAAAUGAAAUGGUAUACUAUUAUAGGACUAGAAUAUUACUAUAGCAAUGGAAUGUACCGUAAUGAAUGCGGUUCUAGUUUUUUAUAUUUUAGGACCGAAAACUUUAACCAUCGGUUCCACCUAGAACCAACUAAUUUCUGUUUUUCUUGUAAGAAAUGAGAUGAUUAGACAUGAGAAAUUCUAAUUUUUCAUAUCCUACGAAUCAAACACAGUCAUCUCACCUUUUGAAACCACUGUCCUCGACCAAACACUGUCUUUAGAAAUGGGUCUGCCUUUCCCCCAGAUGUACCAAAAAGGUGCUCCUCCGCAUGCCACCGGAUCACCUUGGUGCAAGCAGAGAUCGAGCUUUGCUUGAAGAGAAAACAUAUCUGAUCAAUGGGGAGGUCUCCGGCGGCUCCACGUUACGACGGCGAUUCCUUCAAGAAGGGGCCAUGGACGCCGGAGGAGGACAAGCUUCUCAUCGACUACAUCGGGGCUCAUGGCUCUUGCAGGUGGAACAGCAUCGCGAGGCUCGCCGGUCUUAACCGCACCGGGAAGAGCUGCCGGCUCCGUUGGCUCAACUGCCUACAGCCCGACAUCAAGCGCGUCCACUUCACCGACGAUGAGGAGAAACUCCUCAUCAACCUCCACUCCUCCCUCGGGAACAAGUGGUCGGAGAUCGGGACGCAUAUGCCUGGAAGGACGGACAACGAGAUCAAGAACUACUGGAACACGCACCUAAGCAAGAAGCUCCCGGCCGGCAUCGUCAAGGCGUCCUGCGGCGCGGGCUCCAGCAGCUAUAUCCAGGCCCACCCCGGCCCCAGCCAGCUAUUCGACUUCUCCACCUCCUUUGAUGUCGGCCAUGGCUCCGGCAGCUCUAUCCAGGCCGGCCCCGCCCGGUUCCUCGACUUCUCCACUUCCUCUGAUUUCGGCGCCGGCUCCAGCAGCUUUAUCCAGGGAUUCCAGGCCGACCCCGACUUGUCAAUCUUUGAUUUCAGCUCCGCCGGCAAGCAUACCGAUCUUCUGAGCGAUGUCAACCCCCACGCCAUCCUCGAGGAUCCUCCGGACCUCGACAAAUUCUACUUCUCCCCCUUCUCCGGCUCCAGCAGCUUGUCUAUCAAGGCCGACCCCGCCCAGCCGCCCAGUUCCUCCUUCUCCACCGCCUCCGGCAUUGUCCUUGACGAAUCUGCCUGUGUCUCAUCAUCUGAUAUCUCAGCGUUGUUUGAUGAUUCGGUGAGUUCUUCGUCGGGCGCCAUGAGACCACUUGUUGGGAAGCUGAGCAUGCUGCUGGAGGGAUCUGUCUCCAUUUCUAAGAGGGUCAAGGACGGAAUGCACCUCCUCAAAGAUGAUGUUGAAGACAUAACUUCCUACCUUGAUGAACUGUCACGGUUGGAGGACCCACCCCCGAUGGCCAAAUGCUGGAUGAACGAGGUGCGCGACCUGUCUUAUGACAUGGAGGAUUACAUCGACACCUUAUUGUUUGAGCGACCUGACCAUUUGAACAAAAAUAAGAUGAAGAACAAGAAGAACAAAUUAACCAGUCAUGUUAAGAUUCCCAAGAGGCUCAAGUGCUGCAACUGCAAGCAGACCAAGUUAAAACAUGAUUUCAGGAAAUAUCUCCAAGACGCGAUUGAACGGCACGACAGGUAUAAGCUCCAUUGUUGCAGCACAUUGAGGCAUAGAUUCUUGUCCUCUGGCCGUAUGCUUCCAACACCCUAUGAAGAAGCUGCCCAAAUAGUAAUGGAUGACCGGACGGAAACGUUUAUUAACUCACUGGUCAGUAACGAUGCAGCAGAUCAGCAGCAGCUCAAGGUGGCAUCCGUUCUUGGAUCUGGAUGUCUUGGUAAAACUACACUUGCCAAUGUGUUGUACAACAGAAUUGGGAUGCAAUUUGAUUGCAGAGCUUUCAUUCGAGUGCCCAAAAACCCUGAUAUGAAGAGACUUUUCCACGACUUGUUCUCGCAACUCCACCACAAGAAGCAGCCACUACCUGCCAAUUGUAAUGAGCUUGGCAUCAGUGACAAUAUCAACAAUUAUCUGCAAGAUAAAAGGUAUUUAAUUGUUAUUGAUGGUUUAUGGGAUGCAUCAGUAUGGGAUAUUAUUAAAUAUGCUUUUCCGAAAGGUAACCGUGGAAGCAGAGUAAUAACAACUACACGGAUUGAAGAUGUAGCAUUAACAUGUUGCUGUGAUAACUCAGAGCAUGUUUUUGAGAUGAAACCUCUCGACGAUGAGCACUCAAGAAAGCUUUUCUUUAACAGACUUUUUGGUUCUGAAAGUAGCUGUCCCAAAGAAUUCAAACAAGUUUCAGACGAAAUUGUUGAUAUGUGUGGCGGUUUGCCGCUCGCGAUAAUCAACAUAGCUAGUCAUUUAGCAAACCAGCAGAAAGCUGUAUCAAUGGAUUUGCUGAUAUACAUACGUGAUUCAUUGAGGUCCGAUCUGCGGUCAAAUUCUACUUCAGAAAGAACAAGGCAAGUACUGAACAUCAGCUACAAUAAUCUUCCUGAUUGUCUGAAGACAUGCUUGCUGUAUCUUGGUAUGUAUUCAGAGGGAUCCAUACUGAGCAAAGAUGAUCUGGUGAAGCAAUGGGUGGCUGAAGGGUUUACCGCAAGAGAAUGGAAAGAGCAAGAUCAAGACAUGAUGGAGAGGGCUGCAGGAAACUAUUUCAGUGAACUUAUUGAUAGAAGAUUCAUCCAACCUACAUAUACCGACUACAGCAAUAAGGUAGUGUCCUGUAUGGUUCAUGACAUGGUACGUGAUCUUAUUGCACAGAAGUCUGCAGAACAGAAUUUCAUUGUGGUAGUAGAUUAUAAUCGAAAGAAUAUAGCUCUUUCCCAUAAGGUCCGUCGACUAUCUCUCCACUUUGGUGAGGCAAGAUAUGCCAAGACACCAGCAAACAUCAGAAAGUCACAAGUUCGCUCGCUUGGAUUUUUUGGAUUAUUAGAGUGUAUGCCGUGUAUUGGAGAGUUCAAGGUUCUCCGUGUUCUAAACCUUCAACUAUCCGGUUGUCCUGGCGACCAUGACCACAUAGACCUCACUGGGAUUUCUGAACUGCUUCAGCUGAGAUAUUUGAAGAUUGAAAGUGAUGUCUGCAUAAAACUACCAAACAAUAUGCGAAGGCUGCAAUGUUUGGAAACACUGGAUAUUAUGGGUGCGACAAGACUCGCUGCUGUUCCAUGGGAUAUUAUAAAUCUCCCACACUUGUUGCACCUGAGUCUUCCUGUUGACACAAAGCUGCUGAAUUGGAUUGGCAGCAUGAGUGUGACUGUCAUCAGUCAGUGGAGCCUUGGCAAGCUGGAGUACCUGCAGGAUCUUCAUGUUACCAUUUCUUCUGCAAAUCUUUCCUGUGAUCCGGAGAGUUGUGAGGGGAUAGGUAUGAUAGCUCUGCGUUCUUUACUUGAAGGACAUGUCAACCUGAAAACUGUAGUACUGGCUCAUGGCUCCUCGGCUAAAAAUGAUUCAAAUGUAUUCACUCCAUGGGAUGACAUGGUAUUUCCACCCCUUGUCCAGAGAUUUGAAUGCUCGCCAGACUGCAGCAGAUUUUCCAGAAUUCCUCUGGGUGUUCGAAAUCUUCGCAACCUAUGCAUUUUGAGGAUCUCAGUGAGAGGACUGGACAUUAGUUGUCUUGGUAUUCUGAGAAGUUUGCCUGCCCUCACUGCUCUGUCUCUGUGUCUUCAGAUGGCACCGACCGACGAGAUCAUCUUUGACAAGGCCGGGUUCUCAGUUCUCAAGUACUUCAAGUUGAGGUUCAUGAUUGGUAUAGCUUCGCUAAAAUUUGACGCAGAUGCAAUGCCUGAUCUCUGGAAGCUUAAGCUAGUUUUCGAUGACAUCCCAGAAAUUGAUCACCAACGUGAUACUCCAACAAUCAGCAUCGAGCAUAUGCCAGGCCUUAAAGAAAUAUCUGCAAAAUUUGGGGGUGCAGCUUCUGAUCUAGAGUAUGCCUCGAGGAAUAUCAUCAGUAAUCAUCCGAGAAAUCCUACAAUCAACAUGCAAUUGGUGGCUUAUAGUUCCGUUGUUGACGGAAGCACAAAACAGAAACAAGAACCAGAUGACAUUAUGGAGGAACCAUAUGACAUAAGGGAGCAACCAGAUGAAUAUAUACAACAAGAGAUUUGAGAGAUACCAAGUGAUAACAGUAUUUCGAAGUCACCAGAGUCCACUUCGCGUCUACAUGUUCCAGAAAAAGACGAAGAAGCAAUCUUAGCGAAGGGCGAUACCAGACAAAUCGUGUUCAUUUUCAAGGGGCAAAGUCAAAGAGAGCACACCGAGUACAGAUAGGGGGAGAGACAGAGCUGUACAUUUGCAUGUACUGCAUGCACUGAAUAACGUCCUUCUCCUCGAGACAAGGAUAGCUGCAUGUGUUUCCUAACAAAAGACUUACAUGCAGAUUAGUUCAAGAGUUAUUUUCCUUUUUUUUAAAGCUGUGCCUAUUUUAAUGUGGGAACUUGUAACAGGCAGAUUAUUUCAACUUGCAUGGAAAUUUCCUACUGAUAAAACAGUGUGUUAGUCAAAGCAUCUCUCUCAAUU